GAUUGUGACCAGCCUUCUUGCCUGAAGUGUGGCCUCAAAGGAUGUACAAGAUGCUUGGACCUGAUCGUCUACCCAACACGAGAAUGUGUAUCUGAGUGCCCUUUUGGUCACGUACAAAAAUGGAGCACUAUGGUGGAUUUCAUCGGACGCGUGUGCCAACAUAACGGAAAUUUUUUGGGACUUUCCACCAAUGCCUUGGCGGUACUAACAGGAGUUAUAACCGGAACAGUUCUAUGCAUAGUAUUCAUAUCCGCAGUGGUUGUAUAUAUAAAAUAUAAACGAAAAAGUACGCCCGCUUUGAGCGAAACCAGUUCAGAAAUCGAUGACUCUCCUGAAAAGAAGGACUUUUUGAAACAACUAGAGACGCUAAGACCUUACGCUCCCAACUAUCUCGAUAUGCUGAACGACACCAGGCGUCAGAUCAGGGUACUACACAGUACAGGAGACAGUAACGCCAUCUCUGCUUAUAGACCAGUAAUUCGAGAUCUGGCUAAAAUACUUAUGCUUCUGAAUAGGCCCGUUGAGAAAACUGCCAUGCCUGAUGAAUGGGAUCAUCUCUUCAACUGGGCGGAGAAGGCCCUGAAGCGCUACAAGCGUAUGAGCGAGACUUCACAGCCCCAAGUGGCUCAAUUGAUUAAUUUCCUUCAAGGUCCUGUAUUACCGACAGAUUUGGAUAAGGAGUCAGACUAUUCAGUGAGGGGAAGCACCGCUAUGAGCACUUUCAAGCCUGAUCAUAUGUUCGGGUCUAGUUUGAGUCUGCAAGAUAUAGCCAUAAAUAAUUUCAAUAGUAAUUACGAUUCCAAAUGCCAUCUUCCAUUGAAUCCUCAAUGGAAGUUUGAGUAUUCCUUAGUUUCUAAUCACACUCCUUCAUCGGAAUUCAAUCCAUCGCUGUGGAAAAAUAGCAAGGAGUAUCUCAAUAAUUCUUUGUUUCUGGAAGACGACUUUUAUCAAUUAGGUUUCCGACCUCAAGAUGAAAUAACAACUGAACUUUGAAUAUACUUUCUCUGGUCGUUUUCGACUCUCGAUCCAAAAUGUACUAGUCAUUCAAUAUUUUUUACCUUUGUAUGUGUGUACCUCUUGUAUUUGUAAAUAUGUUUUAGUUGUAGGAUAUAAAGUGUAACGUGAAAUAUAAAAUAGUUGUAAUGUGAAAAA